UGGUGGUAACGAUCUGGUGGUUAGGAGUCUAAUUGAAAUCAUUGUACACGUGUUGAUCAACGAUGUGAUUGGUGAUUGCAAGAACUGUAACUUACCGCAAAGCACCCAAUCCAAAGCUGCCCGAGUAACAGCCCCCUGUCAUCUGGCGCAACCAGCAAGCGAAGCAAGUAAAGAGAAAGAGCGUUUCCAAAUCGAAAUCCGAAGACUCCCAACGCAAAACCCAUCUUUGUCUGUGAAUUUGAGAGAGAGUAUGGGAGGAGAGAGGAAGACGAUAUUGGUGGGUUUGGUGGUCGCUAUGUUUCUUGGAAUUGCUGUUUACUUGAGACUCUGGUCGAUUGAUUAUGCUAUUUCUUCUGAUGAAUCUGAGUUGUUAAGGAGACAAUUCGAUCUUGCCAACAGGGAAGCAAUGGAUGAAUCUGCUGAGUGGAGAAUGAAAUAUGAUGAAGAAGCAGAGAGGGCUGCAAAGUGUGAUAAGGAACUGAUAGAGAUUAAACAGAAAGUGGAGGAUGCUGCCAGUAUUAACCAACAACUGGAAAUGCUGCAAAAGGAAAACAUGGCCUUGGUUGAGCGGAUGGAGGAAUUAAAAGGGAAACUAGAGGCUGCAAAGUUAAACUGUCACUCAUGAUAAAUAGAGUGAGUGGGACAGGAUCAUACUUUCAUGUUCAUGUAUAAUUCUGAGUCUGAUAGCUUGUUUCCUGAGGAAAGCACAUCUUAGAAAAUUGCGGUGAGGAAAAUUUGUGUUGAGAUCAACCAAGGAAAAGGUCAUUCUGAAUGAGAUAUCUCUUUUGUCCCCGUCAAUAUAUUGCAUAUUACAUGAAAGGUAUCAGUUUUUCAGUUACAAGA